GCUGAGUUCGUAGCUGCCUCAGCCUCCUCCUCCUCCUCCUUCGCCCUUCUCUCGGAUCGCCCGCGGCGAUGAGCGUGGUAGACCAUGUGCGGGAGAUGGCGGCCGCCGGGCUCCACUCCAACGUGCGGCUCCUCAGUGGGCUUCUGCUCACCAUGAGCGGCAACAACCCUGAGUUAUUUUCUCCAUCGCAGAAGUAUCAGCUUCUUGUAUAUCAUGCAGAUUCUCUCUUCCAUGACAAGGAAUAUAGAAAUGCUGUCAGCAAGUAUACAAUGGCAUUGCAGCAGAAGAAAGCACUGAGUAAAACUUCAAAAGUGAGACCCUCAACUGGGAAUGCUGCAUCUACUCCUCAGAGCCAGUGCCUGCCUUCUGAAAUUGAAGUGAAAUACAAAAUGGCGGAGUGCUAUACAAUGCUGAAGCAAGACAAAGAUGCUAUUGCUAUACUUGACGGAAUCCCUUCAAGACAGAGAACCCCAAAGAUUAACAUGAUGCUGGCAAAUUUGUACAAGAAGGCAGGUCAGGAACGCUCUUCUGUGACGAGUUACAAAGAAGUGCUGAGGCAGUGUCCACUAGCCCUUGAUGCCAUCCUAGGCUUGCUGUCGCUCUCAGUGAAAGGUGCAGAAGUCGCUUCUAUGACACUGAAUGUGAUCCAGAGUGUCCCAAACUUGGACUGGCUUUCAGUAUGGAUCAAGGCAUAUGCAUUUGUGCACACAGGUGAUAAUACCAGAGCAAUCAACACCAUAUGCUCGCUGGAGAAAAAGUCGCUACUGAGAGACAAUGUGGAUAUACUAGGGAGCUUAGCUGAUCUUUAUUUCAGAGCGGGUGACAAUAAGAAUGCAAUUCUAAAAUUUGAGCAGGCGCAAAUGUUGGAUCCUUAUUUAAUAAAAGGGAUGGAUGUAUAUGGCUACUUGUUAGCCCGUGAGGGUCGCCUGGAGGAUGUGGAGAAUCUUGGCUGCCGGCUCUUCAAUAUUUCUGACCAGCAUGCUGAGCCGUGGGUGGUAUCAGGGUGUCAUAGCUUCUACAGCAAGCGCUAUUCCCGUGCCCUGUAUUUAGGAGCCAAAGCCAUACAGCUGAACAGCAAUAGUGUGCAGGCUUUGCUGCUGAAAGGCGCUGCUCUUCGGAACAUGGGGAGAGUGCAAGAAGCUAUCAUCCACUUCCGUGAAGCGAUACGGCUUGCCCCUUGCAGGCUGGACUGCUAUGAAGGCCUCAUUGAAUGCUACUUAGCAUCCAAUGGUCUUCGUGAAGCCACGGUCAUGGCUAACAAUGUCUACAAAACCCUGGGAGCCAACGCACAGACACUUACCCUCCUGGCCACUGUUUGUCUGGAAGAUCCUGUUGCACAGGAGAAAGCAAAGACAUUGCUGGACAAAGCACUGACACAGCGCCCUGAUUACAUCAAAGCAGUGGUAAAGAAGGCAGAACUUCUCAGCCGAGAACAGAAAUAUGAGGAUGGAAUAGCUUUGCUGAGGAAUGCCCUUGCCAACCAGAGUGAUUGCAUUCUCCAUCGAAUGUUAGGGGACUUCCUUGUGGCUGUUAAUGAGUAUCAGGAAGCCAUGGACCAGUACAGUAUUGCUCUAAGUUUGGAUCCCAAUGAUCAAAAGUCACUGGAGGGAAUGCAGAAAAUGGAAAAAGAGGAAAGUCCAACGGAUGCCACCCAGGAGGAAGAUGUGGAUGACAUGGAAGGGAGUGGAGAGGAAGGUGACCUAGAAGGCAGUGACAGUGAGGCAGCCCAGUGGGCGGAUCAGGAACAGUGGUUUGGCAUGCAGUGAAAUCGCCUUCCUGAACUAACCUGGGACCAUAGCCCUUGAUGAGUGACGCCCAUUAAGACAUUCUCCUCCCUGGAAUGAAGAAUGCCAAGGGGACAUUGUGCACUGCUGCAAGAACUGGACUGAGGCAAGAUCCAAGCAGCCCCUUCUGUCCCUUUUUUGUUUCUGUGUUAUGCUCUCAGUGCUCCUUAUGUCAUGGUGAAGUCUGAGCAACUUAAGUACUAGGGAGGCAUGCGUGCCAAGCAGCAAUUUUGAGUUCUUAUUUCUAAAAUUAGAAGCUUUCAAAUGAUAUAAAGCAUUUCUCAAACAUUUGUUAAUGACUAAAACGAUGUCAGAAUCAUGUUGUAAACUAAUUAUGCUUGAUCCCCAGUGGUGCAUAAAUGUAGGCUGCUUUUAUAUCCUUUUAUAAAAGAGGCUUUAUUCGCAAAGCCUGUACAGUGUCUUUAGAUACACAAACUCCUCCAGAAAGCUGCUGGAGUCUCACACAGGGGCAGCAAAUUUCUUUCCAGCAUUUUCCUGGCCUCCCCAGCGUUUUUUGUGGAGGAUAUUUAGCAUGCACACUCUAAAAUAGUAGCAUGCUGCUUCAGGCUCCUAACUGAUGAGCAAUUCUAUAGCUGAUGAAUCCAUAUACACAAGAAAUUGUGGCCUGUGAAAUAGUUGGUUAUUUUCACAUUCUGUGCUAACAAGUGCCACUCCUUUUAAGCCUCUGUAAGGAUAUUAGAGAAAGUGAAAUGGAGUAGCGUUGAGGAAAUUACAGCCAGUGAAAGGUUCUUAAGGUUACUUCUUACUGGGUAAUACCAAUUAACAAUAUCUAAACCACAUAAUCCUUUCCUGCAUACAUGGCUAUUAAAAGCAGCCUUGCCAACA